AUGGAUUAUUCAUCUUUACUAUCUAGUGACGAUGAACUUGAUAAAAUCGAAAAUGUGUCUAUUGGAGAUGAAAGCCUUCAUCUACGAUACUAUUCAUCUGGUGAAGAUGAAAACAGCAACAAAAGACAGAGAGUGGAAACAUCAACCAGUGAUAAUAUGACAGGAGCAUGUGGUGGACCAGAGGAUAAUAUACCCGAUGAGUCUAUGUCAUCGGUAAAUGACAGUGUUUUGGAAUGCAGUAGCGUAUCAGUCAGUCGUUCUAGUACUCCAUCCGUUCAAAUGAAUUCUCGUACCCCAACGAAUUUGGCAAGUACACCAUGUUCCAGCAGGUCAAUCAUUCCGACUUUUCUAAGAACACCUUUAUCUGGAGAUGUUCGUUCUAGCAGAUCACCUACACCUGUCACAGACGGUAUAUCAAGAAAAGAUCAGAGUACAGGAUCAGCAAACAAGAUUGACACUUUAACAAGUGAAGUCAUCAAAAUGCAAAGACAGCUGGUAAAAGUACAAGAUAAUCAAACUGUAAUUAUGUUCAGUAAGAUUAAUUUUCAAAUGAUUUUUUUCAGAUAUAAUUCUGCAGAGAAUAAGGAGAUGUCCGAUUUCAUCAUUGAAUUCGUAAAAGGUCAAUAUCCUGACGAAGUGGAGGGGGUUGUAAGAGAAGGAAUAAAGACAAAUUUUGAAUCGUUCAAAGCAAAGAAACGAAGAGAAGAGACAGGCAAACAAGAAGAACAUAACAAGAAAAUGGCUGUGUACAGCAGAUUGAAAAGAAAAUUAAACAACAGAAAAAAGGCAUUAAAAGAAAAAUCAAGCAUGCCAAAAGAACAGAAAGAAACAGUUAUACAAAGUAUGGAGAUACAGUACAUGUCUUCUGAACAAACCGAUUCAGAAGACGAAGGGUCGUUUAUCGUCAGACCUCUGCCUUGGAGGUCUGACGAUUUUGACAAAUUAGUCAAAAAACUAGACCAGAAACAUGAAAAUAAACUGAGCAAGAGAAGCAGACGGCAGAAUAAUGUUCGAAAGGUUGGGGCAGUUUCUUCAAGGAAAAAACCAGAAGUCGUGCCAGGACAUGAAUGGGUGUUUAGAUAGUAAAAGUUAUUGAUUAAACUGUAUAUUUUUUAGGAAUGCCGUAAUUGCUACAUGUAAUUGUUAUUAAUUUUUACAUAAUUAAAUGUCCAAAGCUACAAAAACUAAGAAAAACGCUGGUAAUUUUCAGUUAUUAUGUUAACAUAUUUCAGUCAUCACGAAAUCAAAUGGAUGCGAACAAUAAUACACCCUCAUGUCAGCAUACCGUCUUCAACAACAACAAUACUGUAGUAAUAGCCAAAAUUAUUAUAUAUAACAUAUUAUUGGCCAAAAAAAUUUAUAAUCUUUCUGAUUUGAAACCUAAUUAUAACAUCACGGAAAAUAUAUGUAAACAAUGAUUAUUUUAUUGAAUUUUCUCCGUUGUUUUUGUUUUUAACAUAUGAUGUGCUCCUGCGUAAACAAGUAGUUUAUUUUAUUUGCACACACACAGUAGUAAAUUGUUUAAAACAAAAUGGAAAUUCUUCGGAAAAGGAAGAAACUUCGGAUAAAUUAAAUUGCAAUAUUUGUAAUGUUUCUUUUGCGCGUGAUUAUACAAUAUAUGAAAAAGCCAUGUACAUGUAGUAGUAAUAAAAGAGAAUCUGCUUUCCUUUUGGAAGCAAUUAUAUACAUGUAGAUAACAGCUGGUUUUACAUUAAAAAUCCUUGUCUUUGUGAAACUCUUCAUUGUGUAUUUUGCUGAUUGGUGUCCAAGAAAGCAUAAUCAAAUAUAAUAUUUUAAACAUAUACACACGUACGUAACUAGGGACUUAUAAUAUUAUGUCGGAUUCGGUAUACCAAUUGAACAAUGAAAGGGAAACAACUCUUGUUAGAAUAAGAACAUUUUUCGUAUCUUUAAAAAAUGAAGAAAUUUUUGAAGUUUUAAUACGAAGGAAAAUGAAGGUAUGUUUAAAGUGCAGACAUAGAUGAACAGAAUUUUGCUUUAAUUGUAACCUUAUUUAAACGUUACAAACUCAUAUAAUCGAAUGAUUUACACUUAUUAGUUUACAUGUUAUGUCAGUUGAAAUGUGAUAAGAUGAAUAUUUUGAACGUAUUUAUAAAACUUUAAGUUAAAGAGUGAAAUUAUUAGCAAUUACAAAAAAUCAAAAGAAAUCAAAAGAAGAGAAUAAACAACAUUCACUUUGGGGUAUCGGGUGUUGUAAUUAAAUAAAAUAUGGUACUACGAUACAGCAGAGGGAUAUUUAAAAGGUUUAGUUUUAACUUAAAGUUUUAUAAAUACGUUCAUAUUUAUUAAGAUUCUUAUAAAAAAAAUCAGUAUGAAAAUUUUGUCAAAUUAUUAUUCUUAUAAAAACGGUGUAACCGGUUGCAUAUAAUUGGGUGCUUUUUCCCUCCAAAUUGCGUUGGAUUUCAUUAACUAAUUCAGCUCAAACUUUUGUAU